UGCGCUUGUGCGCUUGUUCCAUUUUGAUAGAAAAUACACAGCCAAAAAACCCUGGUCACCAGCCACUGCUGUCAUUCAAUCUUAAGUAAUCAAGCUGUACGGGAGCCAGUGAUAUUGCCAGACGAUAUCGAGGAGAAAGUUACUUUGUACUUCCGCUUUUAUUCAUCAUCAGAGAUCGUGUGUUUCUAUUGCAACGUUGAGUGACGAAAAACGAACAUGUCUGCAAUUUAAAGUACAAAUUCAACACAGGCCUACGUGAUAAACCGGAUUUGGCGUAAUCAGAGAGGUCACUGUCCACAGAGCAGUCGGUGUUGAUGAUCAUCAGCCUAAUGAAGGGUUUUCAAAAUGGAUUAGGGAGAGAGAACUCACGAAGCUUGGAUGAAAUUAAAACCUGCUGAACAAAAUAAGGCAACCGUUCAAGUUUCUCUCAUCAGUUUUCUGGAAGGAGAAGAAAAAAGUUAUAAGCUGGUAUCGGUGCUAACUGUGUUAGCCUACGAUUUCUGUAUUUUGAGCCUGAACUCUUGACAUGGGAUGCUACUCGUUAGCAGCAUCAGAGCCUCCGGUUGUCAGGCUUGUAUGACAGGAUUGCAGUAGGAGCAGCCCCAUGAGAGAACCUCCCCUCCUUCCCCCAGCCGAGAUAGGAUGGAAGAAGGCCAUGCGUACGACUGGUCGCAAAGAUUACUGUCUCCUGGAAGAUUUUCUGGUCUGCCCGACGUUCAGAAUUAAUGCCCAUUUAGGCCGAGGACCCUUGUAAACAGGAUCAAGAAAAGGGGCAGAAUUAUUACUGUCAAAAACAGUUUGAGCGUGCUUCAUUUGCAAUGGGGAUGUAGUCCGUGCUGGUAUGGCCGGUGGCACGCUAGUUGAACGUUUGACAUUAUAAUUGAAGAAGAAAAAUCAAGGGGGGAAACGCCUCUUUAUGAUGUGAUUUUUUGGGACUGCUGUGUGUCAGCAGAGAUUUUGCUGGGAUAGGCAUCAACUGAAGUCUUCUGUAUUGGGCUGUUGCUGAGGUUUUCUGUCGACUUCAGGACUCCUGAGACUUUUUUUUUUCUGCCAUGAUGAAUGGAAUGAGCAAGCGGUAUGCGGAGAACACCCCUCCCCAGGACCCCAUCACGGUGCGCUACUACCACGGCCGGAUCACGCGGGAGGAGGCGGAGGCACGGCUGCGCUGCCAGGGUGGGGUGCAGGGUGACUUCCUGCUGCGGGACAGCCUGGGCAAGGAGGGCCACUAUGCCAUCUCACUCUGCUUCGACGGCAAUAUCUACCACUACGCCAUUGAGCGCCAGCACGACGGUGGGGUGGCCAUCAAGGACGGCAACCGCUUCCCGGGCCCCGUGGAGCUGGUGCAGCACCACGAGAGGAAGCUGGACGGCCUGCUGUGCCUGCUGCAGCGGCCCUGCUGCCUUCCUGAGGGUCAGAAACCCCGGGCCUAUGGGGACCUCUCCCACGAAGAAAUGGAGAACGAGAUUGCCCUGGUGGCCCAGAACCAGGGCCUAUCUAAAGAUACCAUCCAGAAAGCCAUAGCCUCCAACAGAUCUCAGUUUGACAGACUAGUCAAGAGCAUUCUCCACCAGGAACGGCCAUGGUUUCAUGGUCAGCUGACCCGUGCUGAGGCCGAGCAGCGGAUCAUCACAUCAGGCCUCCAAGAAGGCAAAUUCCUGGCCAGAGAGAGAAAUGAGCCGGGCAGCUUUGCCCUAACGCUGUGCUACAACAACUCGGUCUACCACUACAAAAUCGACAAGGAUUGCACAGGCCAGCUCUCCAUCAAAGAUGGGCCAAAAUUUGACAGCCUUUUACAGAUGGUCGACCACUACACACUGAAGAAAGAUGGUUUGUUGUGUUGCCUGAUGGUACCCUGCAUUGACCCACAGAAGAGAAGGCAUUCCGCUGGUCCUGCAGCCUCCGCAUCUCAAAACUACAGGCGAGUGCAGUCGAAUGAUGAGGAGUCAAUGCCGGCCCGGUCUCCGCCAGCCCCACCCCAGCCUAGACGGGGCAACACCCAGUCAGCUGAGGAGACCACCCUGGCGUCAUUUAUGCCACCCCCACUGAAGCCACACGUCCCAUACCACCCCUCCCAUCCUGUGCAUCCACCCCACAUGCCACGCCAGAGACCCAUGAUAGAACAGAUAGUCAAUGGGAAGUGGGAGGAACCAGAUCACCAUGAUGAGCCGUCCCCCCAGAGGUUGUCCAGUCAAGAACCACCCGUGGUGGACGACAAGACGUACGGUGUUCCCAACGACCGAGAAAUGAUCUACGGUCAAGUUGCAAAGAUGAGAAACACCAAGUUGCUGGACGUCAAACAUCUGUACCGCGGAGAACCAAUUGGCAAAGGCAAUUUUGGCUCAGUCUUGAAGGGCACGUACAACAUGCACGGAACACACAUCCCCGUGGCGAUCAAGACGUUAAAAACGGAAAAUGGAAUUCCUAACUCCAAGCCUGAAAUUGUCAAGGAGGCCGAAAUCAUGGCAGAUUUGGAUCACCAGCACAUUGUCAGAAUGAUCGGUAUCUGUGAGGGCUUUGAGAUGAUGCUGGUUCUCGAACUUGCCGAGUUAGGCCCACUUCACAAGUACCUCAAGAGGCACACUAACAUGAGCAUCCGCAAUGUCCUGGAACUGAUGCUGCAGGUCGCCAAGGGCAUGCGGUACCUGGAAUCUCAGAAGUUUGUCCACCGAGACCUGGCCGCCAGAAACGUGCUCCUCGUGGACGAGACCUUUGCCAAGAUAAGCGACUUUGGGAUGUCCAAGGCCCUGGGCCUCGACAGCCAGUACUAUGUGGCGGAGACUGCUGGCAGGUGGCCCCUGAAGUGGUAUGCCCCAGAGUGCAUCUACAGAUUCAAGUUCAGCAGUAAGAGUGACGUGUGGAGUUACGGGGUCACUCUGUGGGAGGCACUGUCGUACGGCAAGAAACCAUAUGCGAACAUGAAAGGACAAGAGCUGAUGGCGUUCAUUGAGAGCGGAUCCAGACUAGCCCAACCAGAGAGAUGUCCCCCUGAGGUCUACACGCUGAUGAGGCAGUGCUGGGAGGAUGAGGCCAGAGACAGACCCAGCUUUGGAGAGAUUGUGGACACCAUGACAAGCAUCAUCAGACGGCUGCGAGCGGGCACGCUUAGAAUUCGCUGAUUGUGCUCCAAGGACUGGAAGAAACCUGCUCUAGGUUUUUUUUUUAUCACCGGACAGUGAACGUGCAUUAUGGCUUAACUCCUUCAAGGACUGGCUUACCAGUCCGUCGAUCGAAGGCUGUCGCUGUAUUUUGCAUUUUGGACCGUGCGGAGAUUGUACAGGAAUGCCUGUGCUUCCGUGCGGCAGUCUCUUACUGUUUCUUUUUACGUGGUUGAAAAUGAAAAAGUAGAUAUUACAUUUCCACGUCCGUGUACGGCGUAGAGGGUGUAUGUAAUUUUGUAUUACUGGUGUGAAUGUUGCCAGGACCUUGGCAUGUCGCAACACAACUUCUUUUUAUUGCGGGGCUGCCAGUCCGUCCAUGCAUGAGUGAUGGAGGGCGCUACUGAGAGCACUUCGUACUUUCAAAGAAGUCGGUGCUUUUGACAACCAUGUCUUCAGAUGACUACACAAAAUGUACUGCACCAUGAGAGAUUGCCUUGCAGUGCAGGUGAACCACAUAACAAAACAACUGGUCAUAUCUUCAAUGGAGCUCGUACCCUCAGUGCUAGAGUAAGGUAGCUGUCACUUUAAAUAGCGUUGAAAAUAAGAAGUGCCACUCGUGCAUCAUGACUGUAACUGGACGCGUGUUACUUCUCACUCUUUUUCCAAAUAACCUAGGAAGAAAGUAGCCCGCACUCAAUUCUGCAUCCUGGGACUCUUGGGAGACUUUCGCUAAUUAAAUUCUCUAUUUGCAAUAUUACUGUACAGGUUUAAGAGCUUAGCUUUAAUUCAGUGUGGUAGAAGACUCCAAGAACCACUUUUAUUUCCUAAAGUUGUACUGGCACGGUAUUUUGUGUUAUCUUCCUGGCUUCCAUAGUAUUAACCAAAGACUGCUCUUUUGCAAAGUGAAUUUGACUUGGGCUCUGUGGGUUGUGUAUGAUAGUUUUAUAAAUGUGUGAAUUUGUCACAGUUUGCUUCAACUUUGGAAACCUUUCUUGAAGGCGGCUAUCUGUAAGAGGUAUGGUUGGCACUAAAUGGCUCAUUUAUGGAAGUGGCAUGCCUGCACUGGUACUAGGAGUGUGGGCAACCCAUUUUCAACUGAAUGUGUACAAAAUGUGUGAUGUCCUCACAUGGGAUGAAUGUCCUCAGCUGAGACUAGUGUCCUCACAUAAGAUGAAUAUCCUUACAUGAGAUUAAUGUCCUCACAUGAGAUUAACACACCCAAGCGGGGUGCACGACCAAAACGAUGCCAGUGUUCAUGGUGCAUUUUCUCGUUUGGAAUGCACAAGACACAGAUUUUACACCGAUUAUUGUGUAACUGAUAGCCUAAGCCAGAUAAGUUGGACAAGGCCAUUUUUCAGGGAAGUGUUAUUGGUGAAAUUUUAGAGGUGGUUUUUGUUGAAGUGGCACUCCUGUGGAAGGGAAUUGAUUUGUAUAAUAAACAUUUAAUCUGAAAGAUUUGAUGUGUGUGCACAUUAAGCUAAACCUCAUAAAAUGAAUCGCAAAAAUACCACGUCCAUUGUAGAAGAGAAGAAGAGAAGUUAAAUAAAUUAAAGUAAUCAUUUUUUAAAAAGUCAUCAGGCCAAACCUUUGGCAGAUUUUUUUUUUGAUAUAAGAACUUCCUUUAAGCAGUAACCAAAUCAAAUCGUGAUCUUCCCUCAUUUUGUAAAUACAGCUUCUGAAAAGCUUUUGUGAUAAAAUCAAGUUCAUUCUUAAUCCAUUUCAAAUCAUUUUACUGUACAAAGGAAAAUCAAAGGUGGCAGUGCACCGUAAUUUUAAGUAAACCAAAUAAUCCACUUCAGUGCAAAUUGGACCUACUUCCCAAUACCUGGCCUUGAAAUUUCAUGUUCAUUUGCCGGUAUGCUCUUGUUCGCACACAUGUAUGUAUUUGCACCAGUGUCAAGAAUGCAGUAAUUUGGGGUCCUCUUUUAUGUGAUAUUAGUAAUGUAAGAACCAUACUUUUAAAAAGUGACUUGCUAAAAUAGUGACGGAUUAAAUGCCGUUGUUGGGAGAUUAAUGACAUUACAAAGCUAAUGUCAGGAAAAGUCAAUCUACGCGUUGUCAGCAGAUGAAGCACCAGCAAAUCUUUCUUGCGUUUUCUCUUUGAAAUGUACAGCUUAAUGCCAAGAAUCUUGGGACACACUUGUCGAGUGAAUAUACUUAGUGUUUGAUCAAACUUCUUUUUAUGGUGUGAAGGUUGCAGCCACAGGACCAUCCAUCGGCAGAUUUGGGAAGGAGGCAACUGGGUGUCAUGGUCCUCCCCCCCCCAAAAAAACAACUUUUUUUAAUGACAGACGGGCAGUUGGGUUUUUUUUAUACUGUUUCAUUCGCUGUACAACUUGCCAAAAAGCUCUAAAUUUUAGCUGUAUCACUCAGAAAGGCCUUAAAAGGUGACAAUAUUUUUGCCCCUCCCCCUGAAGAAAAGAACUUUAGUUUUAGAUCAGCCUAUGAGUCUUGACGUCAUCUCACACGCAUGUCGGCAAUCGGUUCACAUGUUUUCGUUGUAGACCACGGCCUCCUGGAAUGACAGUUUCCUGGCAGAAACCUGAUUUCCAGCUUCUGCAUGUAAAACGUAGCCAAUAUCAGGCCUUAACAAUUCAUAUUUUAGGCUUCCCUGGGCCGUCGUUCUCCGACUCUGGACAAGAAUCUGAGUGGAAUUUCUGAUGGCCACCGUCGUUGGUCCCGGUCUCCAGAGGCUUGACCGUUGAGAUGUUAACCCUAACACUCCUCAAUCCUUCACCUGUUGGAGGACCGAGGACUGUUAGGGUUAAGACCCUAUGCAAAUCCAUGUGGUCCCAACACAGACUUAUUUGCCUGAUGUUUCGGUAAAAGAUCUGCAAGUCCUUGUACUCCUCCACUUCAAAUUUAAAACCAUUUUUUAAAACUUUAAGCAAGCCAGUGAUGGUCCUUAUCAACAGAUGCAUGACAGUUGGUCAAGCCAGGUUGUUUUGUGUCAAUUGGCAAACGUGUCUAGAAAAAAUUGGAAACGGCUUCAGUUAUAAUGUAUAUUCAUGCUGUAAAUGGUAUCAGUUGUGUCCAUAAUACAGGUGAAUGUAUUAACUUUCUGUUGGAUGUCACUGUUGUACCUUUAUUUAUCCUCUGCUAAUUGGUUUGGUGUUUAUGCAAGUGUUUUUCUGUUUGAAAUCAACAGUAUAUGUCACCUUUUUAUUGCUUAAUGUUGCUGUGAAGUACAUGUACCUGCAGUUUGGUGUACUGUAUCACUGCAGUGGCCAUGUGAAUUUUUUUUCGAUUCUAAGAAAGCUUUUUUUUUUUCAAUUUGAUGGAAAAAUGAUUACAGAUCAGUGCCUUUAUGGUCCUGACGGCAUUUUGUUACUUUUCUAAAUUUGCAAAAAUUGAAUGUUUCCUUUAAACUCUUUUGGCAUUCAGCCAUUACUAUUCUGCUCCUAACCCCUGUAUUUCCUGUACAAAGUUAAAAAAAAAAAGAGAGAUGUACCUUACAAUGGCUGCAGACUAUUAAAACAUAUUUUAUAUUAAAAUUUUUUAGAUGUGUUUUUUUUUUGUUUUGUCACCUUGAGCGUAAAUAGAAAUGUAAAUAAAUUGUGCUUCUCUGUAGAAUGUCAGAAACCUAUAAAGAUGCUGAAAAAUGCAUUGUUACAGUACAUUUCAUUUUGCAGAAUUACCAUGGUUCCAAGAUCAUCAGUAAAAUGAUGUGAUUGAUAUACGUUGUCCCAGGGAUUGCGUUAUAUUGCAAUCUCAUCUACAGGCACGAUGAGGUCACUAAAAUUUAAAAAAAAUUUCCCAGUUUCAUUGAAAGUCAUGAAAAUAAACAAUUUGAUUUAUUGAUUAUA